UCUCUCAAAACAGAGGAAAAGACUGAAACCAGAGAAUUUAGAGGUUGAAAGAAUGGCCAUGGCGAGCUUUGCUAGGCGAAAGGCUUUUCUCCUGUCAAGAAACAUCUUUAACUCCUCAGAUGCUCUGAGAUACUCUCUCUCUUUGUCUUCCUUCUCCAGAAGCUUCUCUUCCUCUGGAUACGAAGACAAUGAUGUCGUUGUGAUCGGCGGUGGCCCUGGUGGCUACGUCGCUGCCAUUAAAGCCGCUCAGUUAGGUCUCAAGACCACCUGUGUCGAGAAGCGUGGGACUCUCGGUGGGACUUGCCUCAACGUCGGUUGCAUCCCAUCCAAGGCACUUCUUCACUCCUCCCACAUGUACCAUGAAGCCAAGCACGCCUUUCCCAGCCAUGGUGUGAAGUUCUCUUCUGUUGAGGUUGAUUUGCCUGCCAUGAUGGCCCAGAAAGAUAAAGCUGUUGCUAAUCUGACACGAGGUAUUGAAGGGCUCUUAAAAAAAAAUAAGGUAAACUAUGUCAAAGGCAAUGGAAAAUUCAUUUCCCCUUCUGAAGUCUCUGUCGACACCCUUGAUGGUGGAAGUACAAUUGUCAAAGGCAAGAAUUUGAUAAUUGCAACUGGCUCUGAUGUCAAAUCCCUCCCAGGCGUCACCAUUGAUGAGAAGAAGAUUGUAUCAUCAACUGGAGCUCUUUAUUUGUCAGAGAUCCCUAAGAAACUUGUUGUCAUUGGAGCAGGCUACAUUGGCCUCGAGAUGGGUUCAGUUUGGGGCCGGCUUGGGUCUGAAGUUACUGUUGUUGAAUUUGCUCCAGACAUUGUCCCAACCAUGGAUGGUGAGGUCAGAAAACAAUUCCAGCGUGCGCUGGAGAAGCAAGGAAUGAAGUUCAUGCUUAAGACCAAGGUGAUUGGGGUUGACACUUCUGGGGAAGGUGUAAAGCUGACUCUUGAACCAGCGGCUGGUGGCGAGCAGAAUACUCUUGAAGCUGAUGUUGUUCUUGUUUCCGCUGGUAGAGUUCCAUUCACAGCUGGGCUUGGGCUGGACAAGAUUGGUGUCAAUACGGAUAAGGUAGGCCGAAUAACAGUUGAUGAGCGGUUCGCGACAAAUGUUCCAGGUGUAUUUGCCAUUGGGGAUGUUAUUCCAGGGCCCAUGCUUGCCCACAAGGCAGAAGAGGAUGGAGUGGCCUGUGUUGAGUUCAUAGCAGGUAAGGAAGGCCAUGUGGACUAUGAUAUGGUACCAGGGGUGGUGUACACACACCCAGAGGUGGCAUCUGUUGGAAAGACUGAGGAGCAGGUGAAGGCACUUGGGGUUGAGUACCGUGUGGGCAAGUUCCCUUUUCUUGCAAACAGCAGGGCCAAGGCAAUUGAUGAUGCUGAAGGGGUGGUAAAAAUACUGGCAGAAAAGGAGACGGACAAGAUAUUGGGAGUUCACAUCAUGUCACCCAAUGCUGGUGAGCUUAUCCAUGAGGCGGUUCUUGCCUUGCAGUAUGGGGCAGCUAGUGAAGACAUUGCACGAACAUGCCAUGCUCAUCCAACAAUGAGUGAGGCCUUGAAGGAAGCGUGCAUGGCGACUUAUGAUAAGCCUAUUCACAUAUAGAAGCAGACCACCUAGUUGCUUCUCUUAUUUUCCUUUUCUCCCAUUUUUGUUGAGAUUUUUUAAUGUCUUAGCGAAGGUUUAUUCCAAAAAUCUAUGAUUUAUUGAUAUGGUUUUGUAAACAGUGUGAUAGACCAAAAAAUAGGGCAUAAACUGGAGCAGAUAGAAAUAUGAACUUAUGGUCCACUCUAUGACCAUAGGUAUAAGAUCCAGUAAAUACAGCAUUUCCAUUUCA